AUGCCUGCAGUCGAGACAAAGUUUGACCCCAAGGACAUGCAGUUCCGUCGCCUUGGACCCGCUGGGUUGAAGGUCUCGGUCCUGUCCUUGGGAGGUUGGUUGACAUACGGAGGAACGCAGAAGGGUUCCAUCGUGAAGGACUGCAUGCAAGAGGCUUGGAACCAUGGCAUCAACUUCUUCGACACUGCCGAGGUAUACGCAGCCGGUGAGUGCGAACUUGAGAUGGGCAAGGCUUUCAAGGAGCUGCAGUGGCCGCGUGACGAGUACGUCUUGUCGACAAAGGUCUUCUUCGGAACUCAGAGGAAGGAGCCAAACACCAGGGGUCUAUCCAAGAAGCACAUUGUCGAGGGCUUGAAGAGCUCCUUGAAGCGUCUUGACCACGAUUACGUCGACGUUGUUUUUGCUCAUCGCUACGACCCUGACGUUGGCAUGAAGGAGAUCGUUGAAGCUUUCACCCAGACAAUCCAGAUGAACUUGGCAUACUACUGGGGUACAUCCGAAUGGUCUGCGGAUCAGAUCCAGGAGGCAUGCGAUAUCGCCGAGAAGUACAACCUAAUCGCCCCUAUCGUGGAGCAGCCUCAGUACAACGCUUUCCACCGUGAGCGCUUCGAGAAGGAAUACGCUCCAUUGUACAAGAAGUACCAAUACGGAACGACCAUCUGGUCACCUCUGGCUUCGGGCAUGUUGACUGGCAAAUACAACGAUGGCAUUCCGUCCGACUCCCGAUUCGCGACUAACCCCGAAUUCUUCAAGAACUCAAUCGAGGCGCUGAAGAGCGACGAGGGACAGGCUAAGAUCAAGAAGGUCAAGGAACUGACUAAGAUUGCUGAGAAACUUGGAGGCACCACGACUCAACUCGCGCUUGCCUGGGCAGCUAAGAACCCGAAUGUGUCUACUGUUAUUCUUGGCGCAACGAAGCCCGAACAGGUCAAGGACAACUGUGGCGCUCUCAAGCUGCUCGAGAAGUUGACACCGGAGCUCAUGGAGGAGAUUGAGAAGAUCCUCGACAACAAGCCAAAGCUAUAG